CCUUAGCCCCACCCCUCCCUCCUGCACUCCCAUUGACUUCUCCCAACCCAUGUGGGGCAGAUCUCUUUCUCAGCUUUCCUUCUCUUUCUCUGUGCCUUCAGCUGGAAGUGGCUUCGCUACAGAGUUGCAAAGAUGGCUGCAGCAGGGCAAGAGCUGGCUUUAUUCAGUGUCUCGGACAAGACUGGCCUGGUAGAAUUUGCACAACACCUCAGCUCUUUAGGCUUGGCCCUGGUUGCCUCUGGAGGAACAGCAAAAGCACUUCGGGAUGCAGGUUUGAAUGUCAGAGAUGUUUCUGAUCUCACUGGCUUUCCGGAAAUGUUGGGAGGGCGUGUGAAGACUCUUCACCCUGCAGUACAUGCUGGUGUACUGGCUCGAGACAUUCCACAAGAUAAAGCUGAUAUGGCUAAACUGGAUUUCAGCCUUGUAAGAGUUGUAGUUUGCAACCUCUACCCCUUUGUCAAGACUGUGGCAUCCCCAAAUGUAACUGUUGAAGAAGCGGUGGAACAGAUUGACAUAGGAGGUGUAGCCUUGCUGAGGGCUGCAGCAAAGAAUCAUGCUCGUGUGACGGUUGUAUGUGAUCCUGGGGACUACACCACCGUAGCAAAAGAAAUGAAAGCCUCCAGUAAUAAAAAUACCUCUUUGGAAACUCGUCGCCAGUUGGCUCUCAAGGCUUUUACUCACACCGCUCAGUACGAUACAGCCAUUUCUGAUUACUUCAGGAAAGAGUACAGCAAAGGAGUGUCUCAACUUCCCCUGAGAUAUGGCAUGAAUCCACACCAGACUCCUGCUCAGCUCUACACUUUGAGGCCUAAACUUCCUCUCUCAGUGCUGAAUGGUUCCCCAGGGUUUAUAAACCUUUGUGAUGCUCUAAAUGCCUGGCAGUUGGUCAAGGAGCUCAAGCAAGCUUUGGGUAUUCCAGCCGCAACCUCCUUCAAGCACGUCAGUCCAGCUGGUGCAGCUGUUGGAGUUCCCCUCACUGAAGAAGAAGCUCAAGUCUGUAUGGUGCAUGACCUGAAGCCCACCCUGACACCCCUGGCAGCAGCCUAUGCAAGGGCAAGAGGUGCUGAUAGAAUGUCAUCUUUUGGUGAUUUUAUUGCGCUCUCAGAUAUCUGUGAUGUCCCCACUGCAAAGAUCAUUUCCAGAGAGGUAUCUGAUGGGGUUGUGGCUCCAGGAUACGAUGAAGAAGCCCUCAAAAUCCUAUCCAAAAAGAAAAACGGAAGCUACUGUGUUCUCCAGAUGGACCCAACUUAUGAGCCAGAUGAAACUGAAGUCCGCACUCUCUUUGGAUUGCAUCUAAUGCAGAAGAGGAAUGAUGGCGUAAUUGACCGAUCGCUGUUCAAGAACAUUGUUACAAAAAAUAAAAAUCUUCCUGAGCCAGCUAUCCGGGAUCUGAUUGUUGCUAGCGUUGCUGUGAAAUAUACUCAGUCUAAUUCUGUUUGUUAUGCCAAGAAUGGACAGGUAGUUGGCAUUGGGGCAGGGCAGCAAUCCCGAAUACACUGUACCCGCCUGGCCGGAGACAAGGCAAACCACUGGUGGCUCAGACAUCACCCUCGUGUGCUCUCCAUGAAGUUCAAAGCUGGCGUCAAAAGAGCUGAGAUCUCCAAUGCUAUUGACCAGUAUGUCACUGGGACCAUUGGUGAGGGUGAAGAUCUUGUCAAAUGGAAGGCACUGUUCGAGGAGGUCCCAGCUCUAUUGACUGAGGCAGAAAAAAAGGCAUGGAUUGGAAAACUGAACGGAGUCUCACUCAGCUCUGAUGCAUUCUUCCCUUUUAGGGAUAAUGUGGAUAGAGCAAAACGGAGUGGAGUCCAGUUCAUUGCUGCCCCUUCUGGUUCAGCCGCAGAUCAAGUUGUGAUUGAGGCCUGUGAUGAGCUGGGAAUAUCUCUUAUUCAUACCAACCUCCGUCUCUUUCACCACUGAUGCUCCCUAGGGCCACUGCAGACAUUCCCCAUUGCUUUGUGUGUUUGUCUAGGGCAGUGAAAGCUUCCUCUCUUACUAUUUGAAAAAAAUCUAUCUUUGAAUAAACAUUUCUCUUUAAAAAUCAUUGCUUUAAGAGUACUAAUACAAAAUAGUUCACCUCUAAAUGCUAUGUUGAAAAAUAAAUGCACGUAAGGUCAUCUGAAGUCCAGUUCUUUUUGCAUUCAAAACAUGGACUGUGGUUUUGUUUGCCAGUAGAAGACACAGAAUCAGUUGCUUAGUCAAAAAAGUAAUAAUCAUGAUGUAUGUACUGGGAACAAAAAGUAUUUUAAAUUGGUUGUUGUGUGCUGACUCCCUUGAGAUGUUCAUCUUAUCAGUGUGCUCCAGCUGAUGCUCAUAUUAGUAGAGGAAUGUGAAGGCUUCCACUGUGUUGAGUUCCUUUUAAGAAGUUGAUUAGAAGUUAUACAGGUAAUGUGCCUUAUGGGAAAAAAUGGGUGCAGACAUCACUUGUGUAGUGGCUACGAACAUCAUUAUAGGAAAUUGGAUGAUGGAAGUCUUUUGCUGCUGUUUUGCUGCUGUGGAAGCAAUUGCAAGGAAACUGAAGUCAGAUCAAUAAGUGAAUGAGUGAAAGGAACCUUACUUUUGGGGGAGUGUGUAUAUUAUUUUUGUGUUUGACUUCAUCUCUGUAUAUGUCAUAAUUGUAUAUACAGUCUGGGGGGUUGCUCAUCCCUUCUAACUUGCAAAUGCAGAGGGCGGUAUUGUAAACAUUUCUGAUACACUUUUCACUUGUACACAGAUAUUGUUUUGUGAGAACAGGGAAUGAUCAAGGCUUAGAAACUGAAAGCCUAUAAACCAAAAUAUUUGAAAAGGUUUGAAUUUGAACAUUCAGUAGCGUACUGUAAUCAAGCUUCAUCAUCACUGCUGCUUCAGCCUCUCCUGGGAAGGCAUGGUUUGUGUUCGGUUGGAAAUCAUUAAAUUCAAAACCACCUUGGAGAGAUGUGUUUUAAAGUGAUGGAAAUAGCGUGGGCCAUGUUGAGAGCAGAAUAUGUACUAAAAGGAGGCAGUUGCAGCUAGCAAGGGAAAGGAAGUUGGGAACAUACAUGCUAAACUUUGGGUGGUGUUCUUUUUCAUUUUUAAAGAAAUAUUUCUGCGACAUACUAUGAAGCAAAUCUUCUCAGGCUUUUGUUUCAUGCAGUCUGUUGUAUAAUUUUAAAAAUAAAAUAAUAGGACAUCC